GGUAAGUUGUACAUUUGAAAAGGUACAACUAUGUAACAUAAGGCUGCAACAAAUGUAAAAAUAUGGCACAACUGGCAACCAAUUGCCCUGUUGGCUUGAAACACAGCCUGUGACACGUUGUGCUGGAAUAGGACAAACCAUUAUCGCGCGGGUGCUGUUAUCCGGCUCUAUCUUCUAUUGAAAUACAUGCGAAAAACCCCACGAAUUCCCGAAUGGUUGCGUCGUUCAAAAAAGACUACGUCGCGGCUACAAACCGCCCAGCACGCGGCGGGAAAGAAAAAGGCUGGUAACGCCAUUCAAACCUUUAUUGAUUUUCUUUGUGUGUGUGCGCAGUCCGCGGCGUACGUCGUUAAUAAACACUCUACAAGUGUGUGUGUAAUAGCGCGCGUGACUGCUGGAACAACAGCGCUUUUGGCCCGUUUUAUCUUUGCGCGGAAACUCUUGUUAGAUAUAGGAAAGAAACUAAGCUCUUUCUCUUCUUGUAAUUUAACUAACGAACGUGCUACCGUUAAAGCGUUGUUAUUAACUUCACCAUCAAAGUAAAAGGGUCUGUAUUUCUAUUGCAAUAGUGCUCGUAUUAAUCAGAAAUAGUUGUAGGUUUAAAUACUAAAUAUUUACUUUUUACAUUUUUUUCAGGUGCAUAUUUAGUAGCACUGUUUUCAUAUAGAUCGCGCAAAUCUAUUCAGCUGAGAAGUCCGUGCUAUUUCCUGCAAUUCUUCGUUUAAUGUUGUUUACUAAUGUAUUACGCGAUGGUAUAUGAAGUUCCCACUCCGAAGUUCGACGUGAUCUGGCACGGUGUCGUACGUUGACUCGUUUGGCAGGUUGUAAACUGCUCGGAUAUCGAUCACAUUAGUGCAAUUAUACUGAACUGGUCUGUACUUAAAUGGAAUUAUACACAGUGAAGAAACUGAAAAAAUAACGGAUUUGUCGCUUUGGCAAGUAAGAAUCAUGAGUAUUACGUCUGAUGAGGUGAAUUUUCUCGUUUAUCGUUAUCUACAGGAAUCCGGUUUCCAACACAGUGCGUUCAUGUUUGGUCUCGAAUCUCACAUCAGUCAAUCAAAUAUAAAUGGGGCUCUUGUACCACCUGCUGCACUCAUCUCUAUUAUUCAAAAGGGAUUACAAUAUGUGGAAGCUGAGAUUAGCAUUAACCAAGAUGGAAUGGUAUAUGAAGGAAGAUUCACUGAAGGAUUAUCCCUGGUUGAUGCUGUAAUGCCGGAUGUAGUUAUUGCCAAGCAACAACAACUGCAUGAGAAAAUGUUAGCUGAGAAACUUAAAAAGGAAAAAUUGGAGAAAGCUGAAGACGGCAAUGCCGUGAACUCUGUAUCAACCAAUGACAGUUGUCAAACUGUAACAACUGUAACCGAUACUACAGCAACGAACAAUAAUUCCGUCACAUCGUCAUACAACACGCCUACUGUUCCUACUUCCACCACUCCUACUGCUAAUAUUAAGCAGGAAAGCCCUCAAACAAAUGGCCAACACAGUGUUCUAGUUACGAAUGCAACAAAUGCGACUCCAAACGAGCAAAGUGAACCAAUGGAGGUCGAUUUAAAUCAUUCAGACAUCACAGUUUCAUUGAAUAAAUCAACAGUUUUAAGGGGCCAUGAUUCUGAAGUCUUUAUUUGUGCCUGGAAUCCCGUACAGGACCUACUAGCCUCAGGAUCUGGCGACUCAACUGCCCGUAUAUGGAACAUGAAAGAGGAAGUUGUUAAUGCUAGUCCAAGUGCUGCUAUAUCGAGGCAACAGUUGGUUUUACGACAUUGCAUUAAAGAUGGAAACCAAGAAGUUCCAAGUAAUAAAGACGUUACCUCACUAGAUUGGAAUUGUGAUGGAACAUUAUUAGCUACUGGAUCUUAUGAUGGUUAUGCAAGGUUAUGGGCAACUAAUGGUCGACUCGAAAAUGUCCUGGGUCAACAUAAGGGUCCAAUUUUUGCUUUGAAAUGGAACAAAAAAGGAAACUACAUACUUAGUGCUGGUGUUGACAAGACAACUAUAAUAUGGGACGCUACAACGGGCGAAGCAAAACAACAAUUUCCGUUCCACCAAGCCCCAGCAUUAGAUGUGGAUUGGCAAAACAACACUUGCUUUGCGUCCUGUUCAACAGACAUGAGCAUCCAUGUGUGUAGGCUUGGUCUGGAUAGGCCAGUAAAAACAUUUGAUGGACAUUCUAAUGAAGUCAACGCCAUUAAAUGGGAUCCUUCGGGUACUUUACUUGCCUCGUGUUCAGAUGACAUGACUUUAAAGGUAUGGUCAAUGAACCAAGACAACUUCGUGCAUGACUUGCGAGCGCACAGCAAGGAGAUCUACACCAUAAAAUGGAGUCCUGCUGGUCCAGGCUCUAACAAUCCAAACCAAAAUUUAAUGCUAGCAAGUGCCUCAUUUGAUUCAACUGUGCGACUAUGGGAGCUGGAGAAAGGUGCUUGUCUCCACACCUUAACCAAACACCAUGAGCCUGUGUAUUCAGUAGCUUUUAGCCCGGACGGCAGACUACUUGCGAGCGGUUCAUUCGAUAAAUGCGUCCACAUUUGGAGUACGCAGACGGGAAGGUUGGUCCAUAGUUACGAGGGGACGGGUGGAAUAUUUGAAGUUUGUUGGAAUUCAAGUGGAAACAAAGUUGGUGCAAGCGCAUCAGAUGGAACGGUCUGCGUGCUUGAUCUUCGCAAGUGAGACGACGAAGUAUGAGCUCCUUGGUGUCAUCUAGCGGCUAAAAAUCGCGGUCCAGAUUUCGGUCAAAGCGGUGUACACGAUGACGUAGCAACGAAGAUUAAUCGCGGCGUUCGCGACGAGGGGCGAACGGUUCGAUUUAAGCGAGAAGGUUAUUGUUGUGCAACGACACGACGCGUUAUAUAUUCUAUUUUUACUGCUUUCUUACGUCACAAUUUAUUUGUUGUGGUUUCGCCAAUACAAUUGAGCACCUAC